CAAAUUACACAUUCUGUUCCACACAUCUCCCUCUGAUCAAUCACCCUCUCUCUCUCUCUCUCUCUCUCCGACGACGAUCCAUCUGCGUUAACGUUUUUCUAUUAGGGUAGCGGAAGAAGAUGACAGACAUAAUGGAUGAUAUAGUAGAGGAGAUUUCAUUUCAGAGCUACGAUGAUGAUCUCCGCCUUCUCUUUAGUCUCCUCAACGACGUUCUUCAACGGGAACUCGGUCCCAAUAUCAUGGAAAAAAUCGAGCAUACUCGUACUCUGUCUCAGAGUGCAUGUCUUAUAAGAGCAGCUGGGAUUGAAGGCACUGCAGAAGUGCUUGAAAAGCAAUUAGCUUCUGAGUUAUCAAAAAUGACAUUAGAGGAAGCCUUAAAGCUAGCUAGAGCCUUCAGUCAUUUCCUUAGCUUAAUGGGUAUUGCUGAAACUCAUCACAGGUCUCGUAAGGCAAAAAAUGUAGCACAGGCCUCAAAAUCUUGUGAUGAUAUUUUCAAUCAACUCAUUCAAGGUGGUUUUUCUCCAGAUGUGCUUUAUGACACUGUAUGCAAACAGGCAGUUGAGAUAGUUCUCACUGCACAUCCCACACAGAUCAACAGACGUACUCUUCAAUACAAACACAUUCGAAUUUCUCAUCUAUUAGAAUUUAAUGACCGCAAGGAUCUUACACAAGAAGAUCAAGAUACUCUAAUAGAAGAUCUGGUGAGAGAGAUAACUUCUAUAUGGCAAACAGAUGAACUUAGACGCCACAAGCCUACACCAGUGGAUGAGGCUAGAGCUGGAUUAAACUAUGUUGAGCAGUCUCUUUGGAAAGCCAUACCUCAUUACUUAAGGCGUCUCAGCAAUGCUCUAAAGAAGCACACUGGGAGGCCACUUCCUUUAACAUGCACACCAAUAAAAUUCGGAUCAUGGAUGGGUGGUGAUCGAGAUGGAAACCCGAAUGUCACUGCAAAGGUAACAAGAGAUGUAUCCCUUUUAUCAAGGUGGAUGGCUAUUGAUCUUUACAUACGGGAAGUUGAUAACCUCAGAUUUGAACUUUCCAUGAAUCAAUGUAGCGAUGUCCUUGCAAGAUGGGCACAUGAAAUCGUAACCAAAGAAAAUUCUGAAGAGGAUCGAUACAUGAGUUGGAACCAAACACCAAAGAAUCAAACCCAUAAUGUCCAUGGCCUGCCUACACAGCUUCCUGCUCAAGCUGAUGUACCCUCUUGUACAGAAUGCAACAAAGAUCAGUCUCAUUAUCCUCAACUUGAUGUUCCUGGAUCAGAGUAUAAACCACUAAAAAACCAGGAUGAAGAGGCUGCUACUUCGCCAAACAAAAAUGAUGAGAAACUGAAUACAAAUGGGAACCAUUCGAAUGCAGCAGCCAGUAAUGGUCAUCAAACUCCCACAGCAAAAUCUGGAACUUUAAGCCCCAAUCAGAGAAAGCUUUUUGCUGAAUCACAAGUUGGAAGAGGAAGCUUCCGGAAGCUUCUAGAGCCAAGCACGCUUCAAAAGACUGGGAUUUCUCCUUACAGAAUUGUUCUUGGGGAGGUAAAAGAAAAGCUUAUGAACACUCGUAGACGGUUAGAACAGCUUCUAGAAGGUCUACCUUACGACCAGGAUCCUACUGAUUAUUUUGACACACCAGAUCAGCUCUUGCAACCCCUCAUGAUCUGCUAUGAUUCCUUGCAAUCCUGUGGGUCGGGAAUUCUAGCUGAUGGACGGCUUGCUGAUCUAAUACGAAGAGUUUCUGUUUUUGGGAUGGUACUCAUGAAGCUUGACCUUCGUCAGGAAUCUGGUAGACACUCAGAGACUCUUGAUGCAAUUACAAAAUAUCUCGAUAUGGGCACAUACAGUGAAUGGGACGAAAAUAAGAGAAUAGAGUUUCUUACAAAAGAGCUAAAGGGAAAAAGGCCUCUCGUUCCACCAACUAUACAGGUAUCUUCCGAAGUCAAAGAAGUCCUCGAAACCUUCCGUGUUUCCGCUGAGUUGGGUAGCGAUUCCCUGGGGGCGUAUGUCAUUUCCAUGGCCUCCAAUGCAAGUGACGUUCUUGCAGUCGAGCUACUACAAAAAGACGCUCGUCUUGCUGUUGCGGGGGAACAAGGAAGACCAUGCGUUGGUGGAAUAUUACGGGUGGUCCCCCUGUUUGAAACUGUAAAGGAUCUUCGAGCUGCCGGUUCAGUAAUCCGAAAACUUUUAUCAAUCGAUUGGUACAAAAACCACAUCUUAGAAAACCACAACGGACACCAAGAAGUAAUGGUCGGAUACUCCGACUCAGGUAAAGACGCCGGCCGUUUUGCGGCAGCAUGGGAACUCUACAAAGCACAAGAAGACGUCGUUGCCGCAUGCAAAGAAUACGGUAUCAAAGUCACUCUUUUCCACGGUCGUGGAGGUAGUAUCGGCCGUGGCGGCGGUCCAACGCAUCUUGCCAUCCAAUCCCAACCGCCCGGUUCCGUCAUGGGCACUCUCCGGUCAACCGAACAGGGCGAAAUGGUCCAAGCAAAAUUCGGACUCCCCGGGAUGGCUGUCCGACAACUCGAGAUUUACACAACCGCAGUCCUUCUGGCGACCCUCUGUCCCCCAAAACCACCACGCGACGACAACUGGCGGAAUCUAAUGGACGAAAUUUCAAAUCUCAGUCGCCAAAGUUACCGCAGCACUGUUUAUGACAACCCUGAGUUUAUAGCAUAUUUCCAAGAAGCCACUCCGCAGGCCGAACUCGGACACCUAAACAUCGGUUCCCGUCCAACCAGGAGAAAAUCAUCAGUCGGAAUCGGCGACCUACGCGCCAUCCCAUGGAUAUUCGCGUGGACGCAAACACGAUUUGUACUUCCGGCUUGGCUAGGUGUGGGAGCUGGGUUGAAAGGUGUUUGUGAAAAGGGACACGUGGAUGAACUACAAGCGGCAUACAGAGAAUGGCCUUUUUUUCAAUCUACAAUUGACUUGAUUGAAAUGGUGUUGGGUAAAGCGGAUAUUCCGAUUGUGAAACAUUAUGAUGAGGUGUUGGUGGCGGAGAGUAGGAGGGGGCUUGGUGAUGAGUUGAGAAGGGAGCUUAUGUCGACGGAGAAGUAUGUGUUGAUGGUGACUGGACAUGAGAAGUUGUCGGAGAAUAAUAAGAGUUUGAGGAAGUUGAUUGAGAGUCGGCUUCCGUAUUUGAAUCCGCUUAAUAUGUUGCAGGUUGAGAUUUUGAAGAGGUUGAGAAGUGAUACGGAGAAUCAUAAACUUAGAGAUGCGUUGCUUAUUACUAUUAACGGCAUCGCAGCUGGGAUGAGGAACACCGGUUAAUUACCUUACCUUUUAUGUUACCGUUUGACAGCGGUUUUCGGUAUUACUAUUUGAGACAAAGUUAAUAAUAGUUAGUUGAUCCUCGUUUUUAGGGCAAUGAGAGUGCUUGUAUGAUACCAAGCUUUAAGAUUUUGGUCAUUUGCUGGACUAAUUUUCUUUUCCUUGCUAUAAUUUCAAGUAUGCCUUUAGAAUUUACACAUCA